UUGUAUGGGAUAUGUAUAUGUAGUAUAUUUAUGUAUCAUAUCAUAUAUUAUUAUAUAGGUAGUGAACAAUCUGUUCGGGUCAGGUUAAGAUGCAGUGACUGUUCCUCAACCCUUGCAGUUUGGCAGGGUCGUUGUCUGGGGAGCAUCUGGGAUAGACUCCAGGAAACAGACAUUUACAUUUACUUUUGUAGUAAAAUUGAUCAUUGCUUAUGAGAGAAGUACAGAGAGUAGAUGGGUUCGUGUGAGGUGGGGUGAAAGAGUUUGCGUAAACUGGGUUCGCAGAAUCCGUGUUCGCAGAAUCUGUUGUUGUUAACAAUGUUUAUCCAAGCUGUUCCUAAGGAAAUAUUCAAAAUGUCACGCCGACCUGGGAAAAGAACUGGGAGGUUGAUGGUGGGCCAGAUGCAGCUGGAGCUGGACAGAUAACACGGCCCAGCGCCAGGACUUUCCAAGUAGCCGAGAAAAACAUCUACAUGUCCUUAUUUGGACAUGUGGAAAGUCUUUAGGUGGUGGUUAAAAGCAGGCCUUCACAGGCUGGGGUUUUCAGAGCGCUUCGCAGAGGGUCCGCUGGUAGCACACAGCGGACCUUUUCCGACCUCUCGGUUCUCUCUGCAGAGGAACAAGCAGUUGUGUUCGUGUGAAUCUCUGCCGUGAUUGAAGGACAAAGAGAAUACACGACAGAAAUUGGCGUCACUCCAAGGCAAGAAAGCCGGGUCUGAAGCCGACAGGUGCCCGACUGCACCCAGCCCGAGACGACUCGUCACUGGUGGCCACAGGUGAGAUGCGCUUAAAGCUCUUACAUGACGAUUCUCUGUGUUGGGGGCAGUGUGGGCAAAUGUUGGUUACAUUAGAAGGUUCUAAAUUCUGAUUCGGCUAUUUCUAGAAAACAAUCUGUGUGGGAAUAAGCAGAGAGAGGCAGUGGAGAAUUUGCUUGUAUAAUUUGCUGUAUAUAAAUAUAACUAACCAACUACUUAUUUGUGUGCUGUACUUUGCUUUUAUUGUGGGGAAAUAGAAAAUGACAUGGCCUAUUGACCUCUAAAUGUUGACUUACAUGUUAGCUCUUUGACAGACGACGUUGGGAGAUUCUAAAUCAAGGGCUUAAAUAGUCUGUAUGUGUCUAAAAUAAAUUUAAGGCUGUGUAAGUACGGUAACUGACGUUGGAAGUGCAGGCCCAAGAAAAAGAACCCAAAUUGGCAACAUAUACUAAACACCUUUUUGUAAGUUGGACACUCUCUACUUACCAUUUUAUAGUUCGGGACUGAAAAAUAUUUAUUCAAGUGGUUCUAAAAUUAAGGUGAGGAUUAGUAACAGCGUCAGAUUACGGUGCGGCCUCAGUGCUCAGUUUAGUGAACCGAAAAGCCGACUUUUACUCACCAAAUUAGACCAAAUUUAUAUAUAUAUAUAUAUAUAUAUAUAUAUAUAUAUAUAUAUAUAUAUAUAUAUGUAUAUAUACAUAUAUAUAUAUAUAUAUGCUUAUAUAUUUAAGGCACUGUAGGUUUAUGUGCGUAUGAGGAGACCUACAUUAAGCUUGGGACUGAUCAAUCCAAGUGUAGAUUUUCUCAUGAGUUGUGAGGCCUGAGAAAGAUAGGGAAAUCAGUAAAAGCGCUUUCUGUGAUAUGCAUAUGAAGUGUGCUGGCAAUAGUGUAUGAAGUUUAAUCAAGUGUGUAUUUGUGUAUUUGUGUAUAUACGUAUGUAAAGUUAAACGGCGUAAUAGUUGCUUGUUGCUGAGUUAAAUUUGAAGUAGGCUGGGUUGACAGCGGCUCCUCUACUCCUCCGGUGCAGAGGGAGUGUGUGUGUAUGUGUGAGAGAGAGGAAAAGAGAGCAGGAGGGCGGGGGAGUGAGUGUGUGUGCGUGUGUGACUAGAAGCAGAUCCCCGCUCCUCAUACGUGUGUUUUCGAUAGUUGGGGGGAGACGUUGGCUUGGUGCCAGGUGGCGACGAAGUUUUAAUUUUUGUAGUAGUUUAAUACUGUAACAUUUUUGAUUGUCCUAUAUUGUGUUCACUUUUCUUUGUACCUUUAUAAUCAUUUUGACGUAAUCUGAGUGUUUUAGUGCAUUUUUUGGUGACGACGUGUCCGCACUGUGGUUGGGAGUGGUCAAGCUGGUCACGGUGUGUAAAGACCGCGGCUGCUUUGUUUAUUAAAAUAAUAAAAAAGGGGGGAGUUGAGGCGCGGUCUCUAAAUUAGGUGUGGAGGCGUCAGCUGUGGGCCUCUUCUGUUGUUUACGCUCCAGAGAGAGAGAAGAGUGUGUGUGUAUGUGUUUUACUGCUCAGAGCAUUAAGCUCAAGGGUGUGUGUGUGUCGUACUAGUCCUAGUAGUAGGCUCGGGUGUGUGUGUGUGUGAGUGUGCAUUGGAGAGACAUAGACACAUAGUUGGCAGACUGCACUAAAAGCCUUAGUUUUGUUCCUAUUAUUACUAUUAGUGUAAUGGACAGCAGCUAAACUUCAAAACGUAUACUACGUCGGUUGAAGAGGAAGGAAUUUUACUGUAACGCUAACGCUUCUAAAUUGGCUCAGAGCCGUCAGCCGUGUGCUUCUCUAAGAGCAGAAUCAGACUGGAAGUACAAAGACAAACAGAGUACUUACAAGCCUCCAUCUGUCUGAGGCUCCGCCUCACCCCUCCCCUGAGUUUUCACCAACUUUUCAGAUCAGAUGUAUGUAUGUAUAGACUAUUAGUGCCUGGUUAGUAUUAGGUGAGAAUAAAUGUUAGUAAUACAGUAGGUGAGAAUAGAACCACAGGGGUAUGCGAUAUACAUGCUAGUGUACCAGUAGUGGUCUGCAGCGUGUUGGUUAUACUUUCUGUCAGUGUGUAUUGGUGGGAUUUAGCUUCUAUUUUUUUCAUUUUCAGUUUCCAUUUUUGUCUGGUUCUAGGUUAACUAGGUUAUUUGGGCAAAGUUAAUAAACAUUCCUCCAUUUAUAUCAAAGGUCUUUCUGCUCACGCGUCUGUAGCACCUGCAUUCUCAUGAGCAAGACCACCAUUUGUGACCUAAUGGGGGUUAGGCACAGCAUGUGACAUCACUAUCACGUUAAAUCAAGUGUUUCAAUUAUGCUGAUUUUGUAUAAACCUAGUAAUAUAAACAAAGCACAUGAUCAACUCCAAUAAGACGCUUAUAAUUUUUCUUCAGCAGUUGCUCUGAAGUGGGCGUUUCUGCAGUGGUUUGGUUUAUCUUUGCAUCAGACUUACUCUUUUAUUCAGAACAAAUCAAAACUCAUCAGCUCAGCAGUCACUAGGAAUGAUUAUCGGGCCAGUUGCUUAAAACAGAGGUAAAACCAAGAUACCCAGAAAGGAAGAGCGUCAAAUUACAAUUUAACUGUUUAAUAUUUAUGUUGCUUUUCACUAACUAUGGGUUGUAAAGACAGGGAACUUACUUCAGUUAUGAACACUGAUUGAGAUUAGUUCAGUUACAAGUAUAAUUAGGUGUAAUUAGGGGUUGAAAUCAUAUCUUCAGUAAAGAUACAUAUUUAAUAAUGAGAUCUGUGGAUGGGAACAUGUCUCCAGUCGAGGUGUUGAUGAAGGAAAUUCAGAAAUGCUCACACAAAUGGAGCAAGCGGACACAUGAAUCCACGUCGCCCUGGCCUUCAGAGGGGACAUUUGAUCUGAGGCAAUGUGCAGAGAUGCAGGGUUUUAUAAAAACCUAUAAGAUAAAAGACAAAUCUGUAAAGCGAGGCCUUAAACGGGAAAGAGAAAAUGCAGUGUUGCAAUUGUUUAUCAACUGUGCAAAAACGAUGAGCAAAAAGACGACUCAAUGUGGUGAUAACCAAUUUAAUCAGAUCUCUAUAACUAAGUCUCUUUCAGAUGCGUCCCAGAUGGAUGCAGAAGAAACAAAACCAUUACGGACAAAGAAGCCAGUUCACCCUGUAGCUGAUCUAGAAGGGACAGACAGGGCAGUGAAAAGGGAUGAGUUGUUAGAACUGCCCGACAUUUAUUUAAACACAGAGAAAAUCUCAAUUGGAAAUUCCUGCAGUGAAAGUGAUCUGCGUGACAGAGCAGGUAGAUCACUGUGGGCUGAGUCAGAUGAGGAAUCAGUGUGUGUGGGUGACGAACGGGUAAAUGAGGUUUCUGAUGGACUUCCUCUGCUGGUCAAAGAGGCAAAGCGUCAAAAUCUGCCCUGGCCUUCAAGACCAGAUCAGAAUGAUCUGACUGAAACUGUGGGACUCUGCAACUUGUCACUAGAACAAAUAACUGACCAUGUGAUUCAUGCUGUUGAGCUGCGUCAGAAGCAGGCAAAGGAGGCAGUGAAAGAAGCAACACGCCAGCAGAGGCGAAAAGAGGGGGAGAAAAGAGAGAGGAGGAUGGUGUCUGCUCAACCAGCCAGCGUGCCUCAGACCCCACCUACACCACCAGGCAUGGCCACACCUCAGGUGAUGUACAUUCUACCAGGAGGGUGGACAAGACGACCUCCUAUGAGGAGAGGAGGGUUCCCUGCAGACAAAGGCAGAGGAACAGGAGGCAGCCACAAAGGAGGCGUGAGAUGCUACUGCUGUGGGAAGACUGGUCAUGUAAGAAGCCAUUGCUUUGAUUGGCUACGAGGCUAACGAGGAGUGCCAAGACCAAAGGGGUCCGCUGAUCAAUGUGGAGGCCCCUCAGCUGGUUACUAGAGAGGACCAGACACCUGCAGGAUUCAUGAACUUUGUUGAUGGGCUCCAUCAAAAGCCAAAAAGCCAGAUGCCUCUGAAUCUGUGACUUCACCUUGAUGCACACUUUAGUACUUUGAGACUCAGACAAAUAUCUAAAAUUUGGAAACAAAAUAAACAAGUCGGCUGGUGAGAAUGACUUAGUCCUUAAACCUGCCAACAGAGACAAAAAUUAAAAAUAUGCCAAUUUUACUAGGCAAGGGAAAGACAAAGGUAUAGAGAAUAUUUCAAGAUAAAGUUCCCAAUUCAAUCACUCUGCUGACAAAUGCUCCACCUGAUGCUGAGUGGGUGACGGUGUUAAAAACAAUGUGAAUGUGAAGUAUGUGGAUGAAGAGACUGUGUGCACCAGACUUUGAGACAUGCCUCAUUUCAUCUCUCCAACUAACACUAACUGUAGACAGUUGUCUCAUUAUAUUGGUAAAGACUCAUUCUCAUUAUUGAGGUAAGGAAGUUUCACUAGACAAGCCUUAAUACUGUAGGAAGUGCCUCCCACAUACCAUAAAGUGAGUGAAGUAUCUGAGGAGGUCAAUCAGCUAAAAAGGGAAUGAGGAGAGUGUACAUGUUUCCCUCAUAUAGUAAACAGCAGUUUGAUCCCUACAGUACGGAAGCUAGUAUAACGCAUCACGCUCUCAUGUGUUACAGAAAACAUUAAACUUCAAGGUGACUAAAACCAGGUGUGCCUUUCACUGCUACUGUGCCAGUUCUCCAAUAGAUAGAAAAACCAAACCAUUCAGAACCUGCAAGGUGUAACUGUUGCAACAAUGCUUAGCCUUCUAUAGUACAGUAUUAUAAUAAAAAUGGAUUGUGUUGCUACGAGCAGUUACAGUUCACUGCACUACAUUUAGGAUUUGCACAGUACGUCUACUGUUUAAGUGGGGCUGCAGUUUUAAUGAUCGCCUUGACAUGUUUUGAUGAGGUUCCACUUAGUUCUUAUCAUCACUAUCAUUAAUAUAUUCCAACAGACCAGAAGACACAUUUAGCAAAUGGGUAAACCAGGUCUCAGUUCAUUUUUUCUUUCCAUUCUUUUGCUAAACAGUUAACAUAGAUGUCAUCAGUCUGCAGGCCUUAAACAAGUGUUACAGGGCUGUGGUGUUUUUUACGGCAUAGAAGGAGGAGGUCUGGGGAAGAGACUGAGCAGCAACAGUGACGGUGCUUUAUCCUCCAAGAGGUUUGACUGUAUGUGGGUUUAUAUGGACUUUCUUUAAUAGGUUAUAAUACUUCAGUUAUCGUCCACAGCUAUUUUGUUAUCACUACAAAUUCUGACAGUCACAGGGGAAUUAUAAUUAGAUGUAACAAUAAUUGUGGGGUUGUUUGAAUUUCUAGGGUAUAGCUUUGCGUUUCCAACAGUUAACUAGGUUGUGUUAUGUCCAUGUGUCAUUUCUGAUAGUUUGUGAGGAUUCAGCUUAUUUAGUCUUUACGUUAAUUUUGUCAUAAAGUCACUUAAUGCAUGCAUCCGCAAUGCGUCUUGAAUUUAAAAAGGUUUCCUACAACGCAAUGAUUCUGUGUUCAUAAUGAGAUUAGUUCGUGUUGAUGUUAUAGUUAUUAAGGUCUAAACAUUCUUGUUUCUCCUAUUGACAUUGUCCUUAAGUUCACUCAGUUUAUUCAGGGAUUGAUGAUGAUCCCUGGUAAGGAUAAACACAUAGGAUGAAUAAGUGUAGGAAAUUACUUUUAAGGGUUUUGCUAGUGUUCUUUUAUCCAUCUAUCUUAAUUUAAUGAUUUAAUCGGCUUCAAAUUCAAUGGACAGUUAUCUGUCUAUUGAGGGGGGAAAAUGUAUUGUAAAAAAUUGUUUUGAUUAUUGCUUUAUGACGGUCCCUAGUAACUGGGGAACUUGUGUGUGUGGCAUCUGCUGUGAGAAUGGACUAUUCUGUUUCUGUUGUGUUUUAUCCCAAGUUGGUGAACUUAAUCCAUGGGAGAAAGGUUGUGGUCGAGUUGGCACAAAAUUUGAUUUGGUAUAUACUGUAAAUAGCUUACGCUACAGAGGAAUAUGAUCUCACAGCGGGACUCAUUGUGGAGCGAUAGGAAAAGUGACAGGAGCAGGGUAUGUCAGGAAGGAAAGGAGUUAAGGGAAGUCGAGGAGUGAAUGAAAAGGGAAGUGUAAAUGUGAUAAUGACAAUAGAGGGAUGAAAAAGUACUGUGAACAUUGCAUUUUAGUGUGUAGCUUGUAAAAAUAUGCCGAACGCAUAGACUAACAUUGCAUGAAGCUUUGCUUGACGAAAUGGUGUUUAAUGCAUCAACCAAGUUUCUAUGUGAAACAGAUGAUUAAUAUACGCAGGAAAGCUGUGUUGUUCCAUUGCAGGAAAGAAGAGGACAAAGAAGAUCAAACUCCGGAUCACUGAUGGGCCCUGAGUGACACUGCUGACUCAUUUAGCAGAACAAGGUCACAGGCUAGCCUUUCUAAAUUAUAGUUCUCAUAGAGCAAGAGUUUUCUCUCUUAGCUCACGUGCACGAUAAAAACCCUGAGCUCAUGACAUGACUGACUGAUACUGUAUAUGCUCUACGGACUGACUAUGACAUAUGUCGAUGAUGUUUCUUGUUGUUGAUGUUAUAUAAUGAGGGUUUAACAAUUUUCAUUCUGCAUCUCAGUGUGUUGUUGUACACAGGAAGCUCACAUUAACAACUUCAGCCCUUCUCUCUACACAGAGCAGCAGUGGAGAAACUGUGUCAACUAAUUUUCUAAACUAAUUUUUUUCCCUAACCAACUUCUCUCCUACUCUUAACCUCCAUCCACAGGUUACUUCAGUAUCAGAGGAGGGUGUGUCUUAUGAUCUGCUACAACUGUGGGUUUUUAUAUUCUCUGAUCUUUUGAUUUCUACAGCGACGACCUGGAAUAAAAAGCAAACUAUAUGUUCUGUUCAGCCUAACCCUAACCCUAGCUCUGUAGGAUGGUUUAUGCUGCACUAUAGUGCAGAUCUUUCUGCCUCUCAGCUAUCAGCUCUCAGGUAACAGCUGGAGCACCAGUCUGAGGGGGACAGAGGAUGGUGCAGCAGAAGUGUGCUGGAGCCCUGAACGGUCCGGAAAUGAGGGACUCUAUGUUCAACGUGAAGGCAAGCUGGGCCAACUGGGUCGCUAGCAGAAAGGCAGGGCAUCAGAUGAGGUUCCAAGGACAACGCAGAGGGUGCAGUGCCACAGCUUCCAGUACAACCGUGACGGACGAAGGAGGAGUCGAUGGAGCCGAAGGAGCUGAUGGGGAGUCCAAUUAUUUCACUUCCAGCUACACUCCUCAAACAAUCCUCACCCACCUAAUAUUGUGGGGCUGCGCUGACCAACACGGCUAUAGGGUGUGGGCGGAGCGCCGCCCUUAGCUGCAUCGUUGAUAUACACUGAUGUUUGAAUUUGCCCGUGCAUGAGCUGAAUUGCAGAUGCUGGAUGACGUGGGAUCACAGACCUUCAUGAUUGACUGUGGUUGGUGUGGAGUCUGUGAAGAAUCUGUUGUGAUAAAGAGGACACUUAGGUAGAAUGAAAACUGUGAGGUUUGUUACUGAAUGCACUUGUUUACAGGUAGCGUGGAAGGAUCACCUGUUGGAGCUGAAAGAAGAGCUUAGGUGUUCUAUUUACUACAGAUUUUGUGAAUCUUUAACUUUGCUUUUUCAUCUUAAUGUUAAAGUUCAUGUCUAUUUAAUAUAAUGCAGUAUGAUGAGUCAAGGAGGAGCUUUCUUGGCCACUCGCUUUUAAGAAUGAUGGGCAUUAAAAUGCCCAUGAGGAGGGGAUUUGUAGUAUAUUUAUGUAUCAUAUCAUAUAUUAUUAUAUAGGUAGUGAACAAUCUGUUCGGGUCAGGUUAAGAUGCAGUGACUGUUCCUCAACCCUUGCAGUUUGGCAGGGUCGUUGUCUGGGGAGCAUCUGGGAUAGACUCCAGGAAACAGACAUUUACAUUUACUUUUGUAGUAAAAUUGAUCAUUGCUUAUGAGAGAAGUACAGAGAGUAGAUGGGUUCGUGUGAGGUGGGGUGAAAGAGUUUGCGUAAACUGGGUUCGCAGAAUCCGUGUUCGCAGAAUCUGUUGUUGUUAACAAUGUUUAUCCAAGCUGUUCCUAAGGAAAUAUUCAAAAUGUCACGCCGACCUGGGAAAAGAACUGGGAGGUUGAUGGUGGGCCAGAUGCAGCUGGAGCUGGACAGAUAACACGGCCCAGCGCCAGGACUUUCCAAGUAGCCGAGAAAAACAUCUACAUGUCCUUAUUUGGACAUGUGGAAAGUCUUUAGGUGGUGGUUAAAAGCAGGCCUUCACAGGCUGGGGUUUUCAGAGCGCUUCGCAGAGGGUCCGCUGGUAGCACACAGCGGACCUUUUCCGACCUCUCGGUUCUCUCUGCAGAGGAACAAGCAGGUGAAUUCGGUCUCUGCCUCUCUUUUUAUUACUCUUUUGUAAUCAUUAUCUGAUUGAUUUAAUUUGUCAUGUAUAAUAAAUUUGUAUGCUAUUGAUUUAAACUUCAAA